AGACUGGUUGGUUCCCUGUGGUGGCAGCUCACUCUCCGACCACCCUCUCCAGGGACUCCUGAAUGCAGUGCCCUCUCCUUCAGGAAGGUGACUUGGUCCUGGGCGUGGGAGGCUCUGACUGAGGCUGGGAGCUGCCGGACUACGCAUGAGGCAGGAGGUCUGAAAAGGAGCUUCUGCCUGGCCAGCACCGCAAUAUUCAUCUCUUCACCAUGAGGCACAAGGUGCUUUGGAGUGCUCUGGAGUAUACUUGUCGAUUGCUGGGCAUCUCCACCGCAGCAGUGCUGAUCGGUGUGGGAGUAGAAACUCUGCAGCAAGGACAAUUCAAAAGCCUGGCAUUCUAUCUGCUUUUUUCAGGGGUUGCAGUUACUGUCUGUGAAGGCUUCUUCUUUAUCAGUUUGUUCCUGGAGAUGUGCUUCACAUACAACCCUGACUCCCUGACGCAGGCCUGCUGGAAGCGAGCUAGGCGCCCAGGGAGCUUCCAGAAAUUCCUGGGGUACACACUGCUCUCAGUGGCUUGCUUCCUGCAUCCAGUCCUAGUCUGGCAUGUCACCAUCCCUGGGUCCAUGCUGGUGCUCACCGCCCUGGCUUACUUCCUGCUGAGCAAGAGGAGGAAGAGUCCAGGACACAAAGAGACGCAUCCCCAAGCAGGACAGUAUGUGGACCCUUCAGCCACUGUGGCAGCCCCAACUGUCGCUGGUGACACUGAGCAGACCUACACGUUCCAUGGGGCCCAGAGGGAUCAACACCACUCACUACUGGGCCACAUGAAGAGCAUUUUGAAGGGUAGCAAGGACAGGAGCCUGGCCCUGGCAGCUCCUGCCCAACCAGCAGCCUUGCCAGCCCCACGCAAGCAAGUUCACUUCCAGGAGAAGGUGGUGCAGAUCAUCCCUUCUGUCAGUGAAAGCUUGGAAGACAUGGAAAGUGAGGCUGAAGAGACCACAUCAGACACAACACCCAUCCUCACCCCACCUGACGCCCCUGUCAUCCUUGCUCCCCUCAGCACCACAGGCCUCUUUUGAGCCUCUCAGCAGGAACGAUGACAGGGCAGAUGCACUAUCCCUGAUGCUGGUGUCCCUCCCUGUUGCUCCAGCAGACAAGGAGCCCCGAGGAGUGACCCUGCUUGCCCAUCCUGCCUCCAGAGUGACAACUGUGUCACUACCUUUUCAAGGGUUUGCCUGCACUACACAUCCCACUCUCUGUGACAGUGGUGGUCCCUAGUCCCUGCAGUGCCGUACCCAGGGGACAGAUGGUGGUUCAGCCACGGUAGUGCCAAGACAGUUAAGUGUCUGCUCCCAUGGCUUCAUAGCACUGUUAUGGCACUGCACCUCACAGUGGCUGAACCUGCCAAUCAGCACAGCCAUGGUGUGGGCAUCCCAUGAGGCAGCAGCAGGCAGAAGGAGGGGACAUCACCAUGACCCCAGAGUAGACCCAGCUGUGGGCGGUUUCUUCCCUCCUGCCCUUGCUGCACAUGGAAGCACUCAGGGCUUGGGACACAUACAGCACAGGGCACAGCAGCCUGAAGGUUCCCUCAUAGCAUCUGCGCAAGCUGCAGCAGGAUCGGGGCAUCCAAAACAUCAUUCCAGAGGUGGGCUGAGACCAAGCACACCCCUGGGGCUAGCACCCGUUAAGUCCCCUCCCCUGUGACACACUCUGAGCCCAGAAGAGUCAUCACCUCUCAGCUUGGGAAUGCCUAUGCACAAACAAGGAGGACCCUGGGGCUUCCUGGUGUCCCCUGCCUGGACAGACCUUUUGAGUUAGAAGAGCUUUGGGAUGAUGUAGCAUCUCAGGUCAUGAGGUUCAGCACUGCAUUGGCACAGCAGACUCUGUGUAACUCCCCAAGUAUGUUAAUCAUGGGCCCCAGAGGGCAAAGGCAAUAAUCAAGUUAUGACGCUAUCCCACUAGUCCCCUCCAUGCCAGCUUUCCCCAAACCCUUCACCACUGGCUUGAUCCGACCAUAUUUUCUGACCUUUGAGGACCAUUCACCUAAAAUCAGGCAUUUCUCUCUUGUUCAACUCAUCCCCUCAUGUCUCUGCUACCCGAGGACUGUGACUUUAUGCUUCCACGUGGCAAAUGCCACCUGCACCUACAGAUACCAUCACCAAGACCCUCUCAUCAGCAUCAGGCAACUCUUCUGGCUGCACAUCGAGAAGAGCUCAGGUAGCUGGGCUUUUUCAGGUGCACGACAUGAGGCCACACUGUUGCUGCUGCUGGGAUGAAGAGCUCUAACUGCUUUAAGCCCAAACAUGCAACACUGGGGUGAGGUGGCAGUAAGGAGAGGAGAUACCAAAGUUCUUCUAAGACUAUUUAUAAGGUAGAAGCCAGUGGGGCUGACUGUUUUUCUUAGAAAUACAUUAUUUCUUCAUUUUUAAAAUCUUGUCUUUCUGAGUCACAGGCACCAUUUUCAUUUAGGAAAACUGUAGUUUGUAGUGAGGGGUGAAAAUGUGAAGUGUAAGUAUUAAAAAAAUCAGAGUGCAACUGAGAUAAGAACCUGGUGCCACUUUUUAAUAAACUCUUUUUAAGUGACUCCUGAUUUGGGAGACGGAUGAGGAAGAAGGUAGAAGAUAUUGACUCACAGUAUUUGACUGCCUGUGCUUGAUAAUAAAACUGCCCACAAGAGCAGCUUACAAAUGGUUGCCCAUGCUUGUUAUUCCUAAAACCAGACAUGAACAAAAAGCUUUGUUGCAUCACCAACAUUUAAAAUGAUAGCUGGUAUCAGUCUGCUUUAAACACAAUACAUGGAUUAGAGACCUCCUCCUCUGGCUGCCCAAAUUAACCAUACUCCCCAUAAAUGCGUGCUGGGAAAGAGUCACGUACAUAUCUGCCUGUAGGGAGGCUUUGUGCCUGCAAAAAUAUCUUCAGAAAAUUGUGCCCAUUAAUAGCCUAAUGCUGCACAACUGAUAGGAGGAAGCCCAGGAUCCAACCACAGCUUUACCCUCGAGCUCAUGUACUCAUCACAUUAAGAAAUAAAAAUGAAGUUAUUUUAUUCUAAAGUUAGUGGUCGAACAGUAUAUCUACAUCAACAAAGGUCCCAAGUCAGCUAUGCUAAUAGAGUACCCAUCCUUGCCAACUCUACCCCAAAAUGCUGUGUUUGAAGCUGGCUCCCUGAUUCAAUCACACAUCUGCAUUGCUAUUAGACCUGCUCUCAUUAGCAAGCUCAGCAUUCAGCAUAAUCCAAGGCUCUUAUUUGAACAUUGCAUAACUAAUUA